AUGGAAAGGUCACCAAGCUUCCAGAUAUCAGCCUGCAAUCACUUAAUAGUUGUUUGCUGUCAUGCGAUAUACAUUGGUGGACCUACAAAGGGUCUCUCCGAGGACGAAUGGUUGAUUGAACAUUUCCAAAGGGGUGAAACGCCCACAUUCACUGCACAUGUUCAGGCUGGUCUUCGAGCAGUGGCGGACGAUCCAUAUGGACUGCUGGUGUUGUCCGGAGGCCCAACAAAGAAAGACAGAACAGACUUAGCGGAAGGCACCUCAUAUCAUAAUUUGGCCAAAGACAAUGAUUACUUCUCUUACUCUUCCAGAAUCGAUCCUGACCGAAUCAUAGCCGAAACCAACGCUAAGGACUCCUAUCAGAAUGUGCUUUUCUCUCUGCUCAGAUUCAGAUCGUACGUUGGAGCGUAUCCGACAAAGAUCACUGUUGUUACGCACGAGUUCAAGCGUCAGCGCUUCAUGGAGUGUCAUUUUCCGGCUCUUGGGUUGAGGACUGGGGGCCAAGCUUCGUGUUCCGGAGCUGUCGUGGGGAUCAAUCCUCCGGAGGAAGUAACGCCCCUGGCGUCAUUGAUAUCAGGGGAAGAGAAGAGUGGGAUUGGCCUGUGGAGACAGGAUCCGUAUGGUGUCGGUGAGGAGCUGGCUGCGAAGAGAGUGAAACGAGGAUGGAAGCCUGGCAUGGAAGACGCACUGUUUGUUGGCAUGGAGUUGGAGGCCGUCGUUGAGGAGCUGCUUCAUUGGAAAGGGGGAGUGAACGGUGAUGAGUUGUUCCCGAAGCUGGAUCAGCUGCCGUGGUACUGAACGUCGUCUGUAAUGCACAUGAAAUGUAGAUAAUAUAUCAUACUACCCGUCGCCAGCGGCCUGAGCCAUAACCCUGCGGAUAUAGGUCGGCCACGGCUCAAUAGAAUCUUUGCAGCCCAAUGCAAUUUAUGGGAAUUUGAGGCUAUUCAAACCAAGAAGCAAGACAGAGAAUUGAGGACUUUCCUCGCUUUGGAGCUCCUCGUGUCACUUAUCGUAGUAUGGACGGAUGAAGCCGUACCUCGAUUGAUCGGUGAUCCACGCAUCUGCCCCACCUUCAAGAAUCGUCCCUUUUUCUCUGAUUCAUCACAACCACAUCCACAACCAUCAUUGGGCCAGCUGCAGCACCUGAAAAUACUCUAGAUCGCGACCUUACUAUUUCGCAGCACUUAGAAGCAUUAACAGAGACCGACAUCA